AUGGACGAGAUCAACCAGGUAACCAUCGGCAUCGACCUCGGCAGCACCUCGACAUCCAUCGCUUUUGAUGUUAACGGUGGAGAUGAAAGCGAAGUCCAAAUCCUGAACAAUUGGCCGGCCGCCAUGAAAUGGUCCUAUGACCAGGUUCCUCGCGGUCCGGAGAUUGCAACCAUCGUCUAUUAUGAUCCCCAUGCUACCAGAAGUUUCGGCUGGACUAAGGAUCGCUUUGAAGUCGUCACCGAGCGGGAUACGUUGAAACCCGGUUUAUUCGCGGCUACAAACUUCAUAUCAAGACUAUCCCCGCCGGGCGAUUAUCCUGAUGAGUGGAAGAGCGCGCUGCUACCUGGUACUAAGACACCUGAAGAUGUGACGUUGGAUUACCUGCGUCACCUCCGUCUGAAUAUUCUCCAGCAGAUCGUGGAUGAAGGCUAUUCGGGGGAAGUGGCUAGGCUACACUUUGUGAUUACUGUGCCGGCCUUUUGGGACACAGUGACGAGAAACCGGUUUAGGCAACUUGCGACCACGGCUGGCUUCGUCAGAGCUGAAUCUGCCGGCCAGACGCUGUCAUUUAUUUCAGGGCUUGAGGCCGCACUCUCUCAGUCUGUCUACCUGCAUGCUGGUGUGCCCAGCUCGCCCGAUAAUAUCCUUGUCUUGGAUUGCGGUGGCCAUACCGUCGAAGCCGCGGUCUACACGGUCGAAUCUAGCUCGCCGUUGAUGGUGGAGCGCCGGACACCAGUCUCAGUGGCAUCUUGCGGCUCAGCGGAGGUUACAAGGCUCUUCAUGGACAUUGCUAAGGCCAAGAUCGAUAAGGUGAGAGUCCCCAGUACGGGACGGGCAUUUCGGGUGAUGCGGGUGAGGGCAAAGAGGGCGUUUGGCAGAGAGGUCUUGUUCAAUGACAAGUUCAAUGCCGUUGGCUUCCAUUUCGAUAUUCCGCCCGAAAUCCAUGCGGAUGGGAAGGCAGACACUUUCUGGGUGGCUGAUCUUGGAGUUGAGCUGAGUUGUCCGGAGGCGGAUAUGGUGGAAGGGUAUAUUAGCUUUUCAAGAGAGAAGAUUUGUGCUCCUUUUAAUACUAUUGUUGAGCGGACCAUGGGCCUUGUUCGAGACCAGAUUGGGGCUGUGGAGGUCCUUGGUGAACAGGUCAACGACUGCCUGCUGAUCGGUGGUUUCAACAAAUGUCCCUACUACUCUGGUAAAGUAGAGGCUGGGAUGGCAGCUCCCGGGCUUAGGCUUGUUAAACCAAGCGACGAUGGAGCAAACCUUGCUAUGGGGGCUGCUUGGGCGGCGGUGUCAGGGUCGGGGCCUUCUAAAUGA